GCCCUUGGGGACGUCUCCUCCUCCUCCUCCCCCCCUCCUUCUGCAGCCACCGCCACCACUGCAGCCACCGGUUGUCGCGGUCUGGAAAGUUUGCGCUGAGCGCCAGGGAGUCGGGAGCGAGGAUCCCGAAGCCCGAUCUCGGGGAUUGGUGGCGAGGGGAGCUGCGAUCCGGCCCCAGCCCCAGGACCACGAGGAAGAGGACGAGGAACAGGACCCCCCGGGAGCCGGGAGGCUCACGUUGAGCACCUGCUGGCGGCUUGUAGGGUCCGCGUCUAUACCUCAGUCUCUCUGCACUCUGAAUUCAUCCCGUUCCUCUCUUGAGCCUGCUUCCUCUAGCCCCCAACAAGAGCCUAGAUGCCCUUGGGGAAUUUCAGUGGAUAGUGGCCACAAGACCUCUGACCCCCAUCCAGAUGUGGGGGACAGCUGUCCAGAGGCAUGCCUCUCACCCAUGUCUUGCUGCUACUGCUAUUGGUCUCCUAUCAGCUGCAGACUCCUUCUGCCCAGGUGAUGGAUUUCCUCUUUGAAAAAUGGAAGAGCUACAGCGAUGAGUGUCAUUACAACCUGAGCCUACUUCCCCCUCCUACGGAGCUGGUCUGUAACAGGACCUUUGACAAAUACUCCUGCUGGCCCGACACCCUCCCCAACACCACAGCCAACAUCUCCUGCCCUUGGUACCUGCCUUGGCAUCAUAAAGUGCAGCACCGAUUUGUCUUCAAGAAAUGUGGACCUGAUGGGCAAUGGGUGAAGGGGCCCCAAGGCCAGGCCUGGCGCAAUGCCUCUCAGUGCCAGAUGGACAUCAAUGACAUCUGGUCACAGAACAAGUCUGCUCUGAUGUACAGCAGUUUCCAGGUGAUGUACACUGUGGGUUACUCAAUGUCCCUGGGAGCCCUGCUCCUUGCCCUCCUCAUCUUGCUGGGCUUCAGCAAGCUGCACUGUACCCGUAACUACAUCCACAUGAACCUGUUUGUCUCCUUCAUUCUCAAGGCCAGCUCUGUGCUGGUCAGUGAUGCCCUGCUCAAGACACGCUACAGCCAGAAGAUCGGAGACGACCUCAGUGUGAGCAUCUGGCUCAGUGAUGAGGCGGUGGCGGGGUGCCGAGUGGCCACGGUGGUCAUGCAGUACGGCAUUGUGGCCAAUUACUGUUGGCUGCUGGUGGAAGGAGUCUAUCUGCACAACCUGCUGGUGCUGGCUGUCUUCUCAGAGAAGAGUUACUUCAACCUCUACCUGGGCAUUGGCUGGGGGGCCCCCAUACUAUUUGUCAUCCCCUGGGUCGUGGUGAAAUUUUUCUAUGAGAAUAUCCAGUGUUGGACCAGCAAUGAUAACAUGGGUUUCUGGUGGAUCCUUCGAUUCCCUGUCUUCCUAGCUAUCCUGAUCAACUUCUUCAUCUUCAUCCGUAUUAUCCAGAUCCUCAUCUCCAAACUUCAGGCCCACCAGAUGCGAUACACUGACUACAAGUUUCGACUGGCUAAGUCAACGUUGACUCUGAUCCCUCUUCUGGGCAUCCACGAGGUAGUGUUUGCCUUCGUGACAGAUGAGCAUGCCCAGGGCACCCUACGCUCCGUCAAGCUCUUCUUUGACCUCUUUCUCAGCUCAUUCCAGGGCAUGUUGGUGGCUAUUCUCUAUUGCUUUGUCAACAAGGAGGUUCAGGCAGAGCUGCUGAAAAGCUGGCACCGUUGGCAGCUCGGGAGGGCCCUGGAAGUGGAGCAUCGUCACACAUUCAGCCACAUGAGCACUGGCCGGCCAGGGUCCACCUGCCCUGGUGAAAAGCGUCAGCUGGUAAGCUGUAGCAGCACCAGCAAUGGGGCAGGGGCUGGUCAAGCAAACAUCCUAACCCAAAGCUCUUACCUUGAGAACCCUGGGGCCAGCCCUAGUGACCCAGGCACUGAGGGCAAGGAAACCCACUGCUAUACCUUCCCUGGAGUAGCAGAGAGCAACUUCUGAGCCUUUCUGUGUGAGGGAAAGGCUUCUGGACCCAGAACCUAGAACACAGAGCCUGGAACCCAGAAGCUGGAGUACCAGGUCAGGAGAAAGACAAUACUGGCAUCUGAAACCUAGAAAGCCAAGGUAGCCCAGCCAGAGAAAGGGGACAUUCAUUACUCAAAGGACUUGGAGGCAGCAUGGUGCUGUGGAAAGGCCACUCAGUUCAUAUUCUGGCUCUGUGGCUAACUAGUUGUUUGACCAUAGGCAAAUCUUUUCCCCACUCUGAAUUUUAUUCUCCACAUUUGUAAAUGAAGGAGUUGGAUUAAAUGAUUUUCCGGGUUCCUUUCAGCUCUAACAUACUAUAAAUCUAGAAUCUAGAGUCUAGAAUCUGUAGCCCAGAAGCUGGAGAUCUAAGGCUGAGAGAAAGCCUGGCAGAUGGAGUGAGGUGUGGUGGGAGAAGGGAAGUAGAAGGUGUGCCCUGGUAUCCUCCUGCCUAGGUACCAAGCAGUGCUAUCUGCACUUUCUGUAGCUCUCACUUUCUUCCCUGCAGAAGAGAGCAGACACAUAGAGAAUGUGGACCAGUAUCUCUGCAUGGAGUCGUAUCUGUGUAGCAGUGUUAAAGGGAUGGUGUGGCAUUUAACCACUCCUAUUUCCCCCUCAUCCUACUACUGACUUAUUGUCCAGAUAGGUGUUUCAGUAUAAAUGCUCCUUCUCCAUUCUGGGAAGUAGUAUCAAAAGAUCUGUAAUUCUGUAUCUUUUUGCUAGCUCCAAGUCCCCAACCAAAGACUGUACUUCUGGCAAAACACCUCGGUGUUAUAUUUAUCUCUAUGUCUUUUCUGGGGAUGUUUCCACCUCAGUAGCUUCUUCACAACUAUAUUCUUAAUAAGUACACCUUGACUAACAGGUGAGGUAAUUAAUAUGUGAAGAAAAUAUAUUAACAUAAUUAAGAUAAAAAGACAACGUAUUGUCUUAAUAAAGACAAAAUAAAGGUCUAAAACAGAGAGAGGUAAACAGAUUUUCCUCAAGCCCAGAGGAAAAAUUCUGGGCUCAUGUGAGAGAGCUCAAGGGGGUAUAGGAUUACUGUCUUGGAAUCGGUAAUGGUGAGGGUAGAAGCUUGGGAAAAUUGGAGGGUUCAGCAACACAGCUUCUAUCCUGACAUAUGUUUUGCCCAAGCAGCUUCAUUACCAGAGUUCUAGCCCCUUUCUUCAUGGUGGUUGCCUCCACCCAUACUUUCCCUCUUCCCAGCUCUGCACGGCUUCUUACAGCUUCCCUUUCUCUGGCUUCUUGAGUCUUUUGCUGAUCCCUUCAGAAAAUGGGACUUUCUUCAAGACUCUUUUCUGGACUCAGUGAACUGACUUCGAAAAGUCACGCAGAGUUGUGGCCUAUCAUUCUUCAUACUAUCAUGUUGCUUCCUUUCUGAUUCAUUCAAAGGACCUCAUCGUUUGUACCUCAUAAAGGGAUCGCCCGGCAUGGCACCUGGUUCAAUACCACCAGCCCCUUUUCUGUGAUUGUCUGUGAAAGACCCUCCCCCUUAUCUACAUUCCUUCCUCCCUCCCUGAUACCACAUCAAACUCUGCCCCAGAACCCAGAAAGCAUCCAAUUGAUCUCUGCACACUUGGGCAGAGAAUGUGGAUCAGUCAGCUGGGGUGAAGUAGAUGGCAGACGUCCAAGGAGAAGAAAGCCCUGGAUUCCAAUGGGCAUUUAGGGAUCAGAGGCAGGCCCGUGGUGGAGGGGGGAUGAGGGAGGGGAAGAGUCAAUGUGUUGUGUAUGAUGUAUGUGUGUUUUUAUGCAUGUGCAUUGUCUUCAUGUAUAUGUUCCUGCAUGCAUGUGGGUUUGUGUAUGCUGCAAAAUAAAUAACUCCCACAGUU